AUGGUCCCGAACCGACCGAUCAUCUCACCGACACUUUCAUCCCCCUUGUCUGGAUCUGGUCCAAUUCCGCUCGAAAAGGAUUAUCAUUCUUUAGAAUUUUGCUUUCAAAAUGGUCAUUGGAGAGUAUACAGUUCAAAAAGCGUGUUUGGAAAUCAGGAGUCGUCGGUUCUGGUUUUCGAGAAAAGACAUAACGUCAAAGCUCCGCCAAGAAUUGGUCGAAUGGCAAAGUUUGCACUUUCAGAUCUUUUAAAAUAUGAGCUCAAUCAACUUAAUACCCUUAUUCAUCCGAGAAUAUUGCAUAUUGAACAUGCUUUAGAAGAGACGAAGGACCUAAUGGCAUUUGCUACCGAGCUGCUAGUUUCAACACUGGAGACAGCGAUUUCUGAACAUGGAAUUGAUCCAUUGGAAACUAAAUUGGGAGUCCUGCAGAUAAUCGACGGUGUAUCGUAUCUGCAUAAUUCUGCCAAGAUCCUUCACGGCAACCUCACCCCAGAGGCGAUUUAUGUUACUGCCGCAAAAUCUUGGAAAAUUGGAGGAUUCAUGUUCGCCGUGGGCGCGAAAGAGCCAAACACUUAUCCAUGCUUUCCAUGGACGAAAAAGCUACCACCAUGCUUACAACCUGAUUUGGAUUUUCUAGCUCCAGAAUAUUUGACACCUGGCCAAACAACUGUCACCACUGCUGCUGACGUGUUCUCACUUGGUGUUUUAAUUUGCUGGAUUUACGCUGGAGGGAAAAAAUUAAUAGACGCGAAAAACAAUCUCGAAACCUAUCAAAUAAUAUGUGGGCAGCUUGACGUGGCUCUUCAAUGUAUUGCAAAUGUUUUGGGCUCCAAUCUGAAAGAUUCAAUGAACAAAGUUUUGAGCCUGGAUGUUGAAGUCAGACCAACAGUGCAACUAUUAUCUUUAACGAAACAUUUUGAUGAUCCAGCUUUAUCAGCUUUACGCCAACUUGAUGAUAUUUCUCAAGUUUUUGACCCAUCUCAGAAAGCUCAUUUUCUGAGUCAAACACUGUAUUCAGCUCUGCCUUCUAUUCCAGAGACAGUGUGGUUUACGAGAAUUCUACCUCGUUUCAAUGAACAACUCAUGGAACUGCCUGAACUUUAUUUUGCUCUUUCGAAACCGCUUUUCUAUAUGUUGGAUCAGUGCGAAAGUCACAAUAUCGAUAAAUUGAAGAUAUGGAUUCGAAGACUUGUGGAAGCCGCAGCGCACAACAAAAUGCUUCGAUCGUUUAUGCUGGAUAAUAUGUCUGUAUUAUUUCGAAGACUUUCUGAUGAAUUUGUCGAGGAUCGAUGUCUUGAAGUGAUCAUUCAUUCAUUGAAAUCUGAAGACACUUCCUUACAGGCGGCCAGUCUUCGCGGGAUUCCGCACGUUGCUGAAUAUUUGCCGGCGACGUUUAUAAGCAAAAAGUUGUUACCUGCAAUAAUGUGCCUACCUUCAUUUCUUCAUGAUAACGUUCCGCGACAACUCGAUCUUUUGGCUUGCCUGGCUGCAUUAUCAGAUCGUUGCGACGCCAACACUCUCACACAGCUUCUUCAGUCGGUUUCGUUAUGCUCUGCACAUCAUCCCGUUAUAAUUCAUGCCAAAUCAAGAAUCGUGCAGAGAAUUGUGACACGGGAUCCCGUCCGUCUCAAAGAUGCCCACCAAGUUUGUAUUCAUCUUCUGAAUCCAUUGGUAAUCGGAUUGGCUUGCAAAGAAUUGAGCAGUGCCCAUUUCGAUGACGUGAUGAGUAGCAUUCGCAUUCUUUUGGAUAUUGUGGAACAACGACGGUACGAGACAGAGGAGCGACAAAUGCAACCGCAGCAUCAUUUGGGUCUUGGAAGAAUGGGCAGCCGUCGGGUGUCAAUGUCCUCUACGAACUUACCUCGGGUGAUGAUUAGUGCAGCAAGGCCUUCUUUUUCCUCAGAUUCUCGAAAGAUGUCGUUUUUGUCAGCUGAUGGCCGAUUAGAAGAUCGAGGAGGGAGAAGAGAAUCCAGAGAUUCGAGGGGAUCGUUAGAAUCAGACAUGAGUAUUCGAAUUGGGAAUGGAAGUGACAUUUCUGAUGAUUCCUGCUAUUCAAACCACUCUGCUCGCGGACGGAGACAGUCGUGGCUCGAUGGCUACGGCCAUUCUGUGAGCCUCGAGCAAAACACUAAUGGAUUUUUAGAGACAAAUCGAGUUGAGAAAGGGGCGAGUUUUAAACAACGUAAUGCAAGAUGCUCGGAACGACGAGCACGAACACGUUCACCGAAUGGAGCCGAGCUUGAUUCUAGACAGCCGCCAGCGAGACCAAACUCAUUUACGAAUUUGGGACAUAAUCUGGUUUUAACUUACAAGACUUUAUGGAAUAAGAACCAUUAA